CGUUUAUCAAUUUUCCAAAGAAUUUGUUCACAUAUAUAUCAAUUUUAGCACCAUGCUUAAAGACGGAACGCGUGAAAGCCCUAGGUAGGUUCCAGGAAGGCAACAGGAAUGCCCACAUUACUUAACUUGGACACCUUUUAAUUAAUUCACCUCCGUCGUUUCCUCGUGAACCUCCCUCAAAUAAUCGCAGCGACCGCCUCCAAAAAGCUUCCUCACGACACCACAUUCACAUGCACGCAACGUAAUGCACACAAGCUUAACUUCCUUCUCACCGUCCUCUUAAACCUCGACCUUGGAUUUCUAUAUAUACGCGCAAUGGCUUCAUCCAACUUACAAACUAAGAUAUCGUCAUGGAAGAGGAGAAACCUGAAUCGUCGAUCGAGUUCGAGGACUUGUUGCCUGUGAUGGUGGCGCGGCUAGGCACGGAGGGGCUGAUGGAAGAGCUGUGCAAGGGGUUCCGACUGCUCAUGGAUCCGGCGAAGGGUGUCAUCACUGCGGACAGCCUCAGGCGAAGCUCUGCCACUGCACUUGGACUCGGCGGCUGCAUCACCGAGGAGGCGGCGGCGAGUAUGGUGAGGGAGGGUGACCUCGACCGGGAUGGUGUGUUGGACCAGAUGGAGUUCUGUGUGCUCAUGCUCAGGUUGAGCCCUGAGCUCAUGCAUAUGCAUGAGAGAUGGUCUUAAAUUUCUUAUAACUGCUGCUUAUUUUCUCUAAGAAAAAUAAAUUAGAGCAUUCAAAUCUAUUAA